AUUGAGGCUCUGGCUGUUUAUUGUUCCUUCUUCAGCGCCGACUGAGGAAAACAGUCAAACCAGCUGACAACCAUCUUUUUCACGCGGUUUCAGGUCGGUUAUACAAAGUUGUGAUAGUUAAGACAGCUGACUCCACGCACCGAGGGCCAUGGCAUACGCUUACCUCUUCAAAUACAUCAUCAUCGGAGACACAGGUGUGGGGAAAUCAUGUCUAUUACUACAGUUCACAGACAAGAGGUUCCAGCCUGUUCAUGAUCUCACCAUUGGUGUGGAGUUUGGAGCGAGGAUGAUCACUAUAGAUGGCAAACAGAUCAAACUGCAGAUCUGGGACACGGCUGGCCAAGAGUCAUUCCGCUCCAUCACCAGGUCUUACUACAGAGGAGCAGCGGGAGCACUGCUAGUUUAUGACAUCACAAGGAGGGACACCUUUAACCACUUGACGACCUGGUUAGAGGAUGCUCGCCAACAUUCCAACUCCAACAUGGUCAUUAUGCUCAUUGGCAACAAGAGUGACCUGGAGUCCCGGAGAGAGGUAAAGAAAGAGGAAGGGGAAGCGUUUGCCAGAGAACAUGGCCUCAUAUUCAUGGAGACCUCAGCCAAGACUGCCUCCAAUGUAGAGGAGGCUUUCAUCAACACAGCCAAGGAGAUUUACGAAAAAAUCCAGGAGGGUGUUUUUGAUAUCAACAAUGAGGCUAAUGGUAUAAAGAUUGGACCCCAGCACCCUACCACCAACUCAACACUGCCCGGUAGCCAGGGGGGGCAGCAUGCUGGGGGUGGCUGCUGCUGAAGCUCCCGGAAAACAGACGACCUCUCCCCCUCUUCUAACCCCUCAGCUGUCCCCCCAGCCCACUCUAUUGGCCCCCUCCAAGGCUCCCUUGCGUUUCUGCAGAACUGUCCAGGCUCACUUCCUGUUGAAGUUGACUGUCCAUUCUGUCAUCCAUCAUUACCCCGCCCCCGUUUACUUAGUUGGUCAUACCUGAGGGUCCCACGAGGUCAACCCUGACAAGUGUGAUGACCGCUUCACCUGCAAACCCUGAGUUUAAAAUUUGACACUAUCCUUGGUUUUUAACGGUUGUCCUUUUUAAAUGACACUUGUUUGGAUGUGGAGGAUGAAAGAUGGUGAUGGUGAGGAGGUUUAGUCCAUCCAUAGUCAAUAAACACAAUGAGACGUGGCUGGCUCUACAGCCUGUACACACACACACACACACACACAUCGCCAUGUUAAAGAAAAGCAUGUAGCACAUUGGCAGCAGGGCAUGCUAGUACAUGUGUGUGUGUGUGUGUGUGUGUGUAGGGAUGAUACAGGCAUUCCAAUGAAGUCAGUCUUUGAAAUCACUAGCCUCUGUUCCUCGAAGGUUGUUUGCCCCUUCCUUCCUUCUCUUUGUCGUCUGCUCCACUUGCAAUGGAAACGUAUUUAAUGAACACUAAACAAAAAUGUGUUUUAAAUUGUCCUGGGCAGAAAAUAAAGGAGUCAAGUGUUG